CUCCCAUAGGAAGUUGCUUCUUGGAAUGCCGUCGUCUAACUGGCAAAGCUUUCGUUUCUUUGGGGCGGCUUCCGUUCCUUGAUUCAAACCAGACUGACCAACUUCCCAUCAGAUGAAUAAGAAAGUGGUCCAGCUGAGCACAGAUCUACUAUUCGAAUAGCAAGCAAAAAAGAAAGACAAGGAAUUGGCUUGGUGUUCAGUCUACCGCACCAGGAAACUCUCGCUAAGAAAUGACCCUACCGAGAGAAGGCUUUAGUUUUCCGUUAAGGCUUCCUUCUUACCUUACGACUUCACUCCACUCAGUAGGUGGAUCUUCUUUCCAGGUCGCAGGUGGAGAGCAGGGCCUUCUGCCAAUUGAGAAUCAAAAUACCCCAAUCCAGCUGUCUCUUUUUCCUGUGAGUGUGAGUUCUCUUGGGAGUUCCCGGCCAGGAGGAUUAGGACGGACUAUUAGGCUUCCCCUUUUGUUAGCCAGUGACAUUCCUGCUCCUUCUUUGCGAGCUAGUUCCAUUGAGGGGUUGGAUUCCUUCGCUAUAUGUGGUUCUAGGCUAGCUCGGGAUAGGGCAAGAAAGCUCUCCCUAUAUCUUUGUCUCCGUCAAGGAAGGCUAGUUCGGGACAUGAUAGGGUAUUGGAGAGUGCCCCAUAUCUAUCCUUUAAGGAAGGCGUAUGCCUGGAAACUAGUCCAGAAUGAUAUCAUCAACUGCACGAUAGACCAUGACAAGGAAUACGGGUUAGUUCCCCUCAAGCUCUGGGCUGGGGUCUCUUCAUUCACCAGUGGGAAGUAUAGGAGUUCCUUACUUUAUAAAUACCUUAACGAUGGAAAGGAAAACGCUAGCGAAGGCGGAAGCUUUGUUGGUGACUGGUGUGGGAACAUUUUCAUCCGGAGGAAAGCCUAUGUGAAGAUUGUCUGCAACAGCUACUCCUGGUACAGUAGAUGCAUUAACCCCAUCAGCACCAGGAGAGGAUUGCCUUUCCGAGUAUACGCUGUGAUCGGAGAUCGUGAAAAAGAACUGAACUACACAACUCUACCGACCUUAACUAGUUUACUAACUAAUCAGGCUAAGGAAUCUUUUCUUAUUAGCACCCUGGGUGGAUCUCGUAUCACAACUAAUCGUCGUCAGGGCAAAGGCCAAGCGAGAGUGGAGAACGAAUGGCUUAGGAAUCGCCCGGUGGAGAAGAAGAGUUUACUAACGUCUUCGCUUGAGAGGACGGACUGGACUGACGACCAUCCUAGUCUGAAGAAAGGGGGCGGCUUUAAGGGGGAACAUACCUACUAUGCCGCUAGAAAACUUAACUUGACUUCUGAGAGGGAUAAUUUAUGAACCAGCGAUCAACGGACUAAACAACUUCUUUUUAGAGCUAGGAAUCUGGGGAUUUGGGGAGAAUUUCUUUCUUAUAUGGUUCCAUUGAUUAUGCCGAAUACCGAGCUAGGCUGCUCCUGGUCUUCCGUGAGUGAGUUCAGUUGAUCCUGGUCUAACUGGCACCGCUGAAGGAAGUCGGAAUGAAUGGAUUAUCGUAUUUUAAGAAAGAACUCUGGUCCCAUGAACUACAGGCUUUUGCGACCCAGUCUCUGGACAUCUUCCAAUACCUGUGAUUGAUUAUUUGGUCAAUGGAGCACCAGUCGGUGUGUGCAGAGGAGGAAUAUGUUCCCGGAAAAGACUUGGAUUCAGCAACUCGUGCAUACCUUGCUUUCUUUGUGCAUAGUUGAAAUUCAAUUCCUACUUUCCCAACUGUUUUAGUUCAAACUUUACCAACAGCUAUGGUUGACUUUUCUAAUCCCCCUCGGAAGCGUAAGCUUGUAGCAGUGGAGGCACCAAUAAAUGUAAACCCUACAGUCGCUCUUCCCCUUUAGGGAGUAGGAGUACUAAAAGCGUAAGUUCACUCUACUUUCUUUCGCGGAGCACCUUUACAUACCCAGUACGACUUCACUUCAAUAGUGGUACCUGCGCAGGAGCGUAGCUAUACCUUGCCUUCGCUGGGUUUCCCGCUAGUAUACGGAGGAGUGAGUCCGCUAGACGGAGAAGUAUUGGUUAGUGAAGUAGAAGUAGUAAUACGCGGUAUUGUGCCUCUUUUAUGUGUAUGCUUUUAUCAGUAUCAGCUUCUCUAAUAUCUAAGUUUCCGCACCUAAAGCACUAUCAGUCUUAGCUACAUCUUCAUAAGAAAUUCUUCUUUCACCU